AUGCCUCCUCAGCCGAGCGGUAAGGCCGUGAAGAAGGCCGGCAAGGCGCAGAAGAACGUGCGCGCCACCGACAAGAAGAAGAAGAAGCGCCGCAGGAAGGAGAGCUUCUCCAUCUAUAUCUACAAGGUGCUGAAGCAGGUGCACCCGGACACCGGAGUCUCCAGCAAGGCCAUGUCUAUCAUGAACAGCUUCGUGAACGACAUCUUCGAGCGUAUCGCCGCGGAGUCGUCCCGUCUGGCUCACUACAACAAGCGCUCGACCAUCACGAGCCGGGAGAUCCAGACGGCCGUGCGUCUGCUGUUGCCCGGAGAGCUGGCCAAACACGCCGUGUCCAAGGUGCGGAAGGCAGUGGGUUCGGGUCAGUGGCUCUCUCGGCUCCUGGGUUUUCUCGCAAAAGGACUCGCUUCGUAG